AAUUCAGUGUAUAAGUGAGCGCGAGAACUAAAUGACGGGCGUCGCAUGUUUUAUUUUUAAUAGUUGUCUGUUAUAAUGGGUUUAUACUAAUUAAAUAAAAUUCAAUUAGAAAGCUUCGGUUUCAAUCAAAUUAAAUUAUUUUACUCUACAAAAACUGAUUCAUACAAAAAUAAAUGUUAAAAUGUAUUUUUUUAUUGUGAAUUGUUUGGCAACUUUGAAGUUGCUGUAAAAUAGUGUCUUAAUUAUUUUAUUAAAUUUUUCCUGUAGUUAUUAGAAUAAUUCAAAAUGAAGAAAUAUUACUUAAUCUUUAGUGAAGGAAGCAGAAUCAACCAAAUAAUAUGUGCAGUGCUCAUAAACCUGCCAGUGUUUGCAUACGGGGCUUGCAUCGGCUGGAUGUCACCGAUGGGCCUGUUGUUGCAAUCUAAGGACUCGCCUAGAGGCACACCACUUACUGAUUUCGAGAUAUCCUGGAUAGCAUCGGCGCCGUAUUUAACAUGUAUACCAGCUGAUUAUCUCAUGGCGAUCCUGAGUGACAAGUUUGGGAGAAAACAUACUCUAUUCUUUAUGUCUGCUGUGUCAUUUGCUUGCUGGACAAUAAAACUAUCAUCCAUGGAAGUCUGGGCCUUCAUCCUAGCGAGAGCCAUGUUUGGUAUAACGAUGGCAGGAGCGUAUGUAACGUGUCCCUUGUACACUAAGGAGAUCAGCUCAGCUAAUGUUAGAGGCAUGUUGGGGACUUUGCUGAUCAUGUCUCACACAUCAGGCAACCUAUUCCUCUACAUCAUCGGAGACAUACUGAGCUACCGCACUAUCCUGUGGAUCUGCCUGACGCUGCCGACGUUACACCUGAUCCUCUUCCUCAUGAUGCCUGAGUCACCUUCGUAUCUUAUUAAGAGAGGAGAAACUGAGGAAGCUAUCAGAGUAAUGGCAUGGCUCCGAUGCAGAAAAGAAGAUGAUCCUCUAGUGAUCAGUGAAGUAAACCAGAUCAAGAAGGAACAACUCAAAGACGAAGAGAGCAACGGCUUUGUUUUAAAAGCUAUAUGUCAAGACAAAAUCCUCGUCAGAGCUUUCAUCAUAGCCAUAGUCUUAGCGUUAGCAAGAGAAGUGUGUGGUUCCAUCCCUGUGCUGAACUUUGCAGGAGAAAUAUUCUCCAUGUCCUCAGAAGGCUCAGGCUUAGUCCUGACUCCUAACCAGCAGGCCAUGGCUUUGGGUGCUGUGCAAGUUAUAGGAGCUUCCAUGGCGUCUUUCCCGGUGGAAAAGGCUGGGAGAAAGCCACUCUUCGUGGGUACAGCAUUCGUAUCAGGUCUAAGCAUGUGUGCCCUAGCUUCCUGGUUCGUCGCUAGAGAGUACGCAGUCUUCACGCCAGCCUGGAUACCAGUGGUGGCUCUCUGCUUGUGCAUCUUCUGUGAUGCACUAGGAUUGCAGCCUGUGUCUGUUAUUGUUACUGGGGAGAUAUUUUCUUUUAAGUACCGAGGCUCAGUAAUGGCGAUAACAAUGUCAGCAGCAUCAUUCGCAGCCUUCGUACAAACCCUCUUCUUCAAACCCCUGGUCAACGCAGUGGGUGCCCACGUGGCAUUCUACUUCUUCGGUGCAGUCUGCAUAGUGACUUCCAUCUACGUCAUCCUUAAAGUACCGGAGACCAAGCAGAGGAUCCUUGAAGAGAUCUAUGAAGACUUGAAGACGAAAAAGGAAAAGAAGAUGGAGAGAGAACAGAUGAUGGCUAUUAAGGCCGCUAAAGUAGAUGUUUAGGGAAAGCUAGAAUAUGAGGUUGAUAAUAAAAAUGUAUCUUUUAAGA